AUGCCAAAUUCCAGGCCGGCCGACGAAGAGCCGAAAUGGCGAGCGUGGCGUGUGAGCUCGACGGCGGCGUCGACGUCCUCGUCAUCCCACCAUCAUCACCAUCAUCAUCAUCGUCAGCAUUCGCAUCAGCGUCGUCAGACCGCCGUCGUGUCGGGCUUCUCGUUCGCGUCGGCGGCGACGUUCUGCGCGCCGCUGACGCAAUCCCAUCGAAUCGAUGUGCGGCAGACAGUGCCGAAAUCGAAUCUCUACAAAUCAACGUAUUGGCUUCAUCCGAAUAUGGCGAUCACGCGGGAGGCGAACGGGCAGGAGGAGUUCGUCGGCGAGCUCGUGCCCCUUCAAGCCACCAAAUCAAAUAUAAUUGUUAACUAUUUUGCAAGUCUUGAGGAGAACACAUCGCUACGCUUCUCACACACCGCCCACACGCCUCCCGCCUGCAAACCAAAGCAACCCAGCGACGAUUAUCUCGAAAAAAACAUGAGCAAGCUCGUCGAGCAGCUCGAACUGCUGGUGAUGAAGCCGUCGGCGCAGCAGACGCCCUCGUCAAAAUCGCUCUAG